ACGGGCCGCAUUAGUAGGUAAAUCGCGCCCGGCGUGUCGACGGCGCGCGUGCUUGCAGCCGACAGUGGCCGACCGCCGACCGACAGCACAGAACCGCCGCGGCCGAGGGAGAGUGAAAAACGUCGUUCGUUUUCGUUUGAUCCGAUCCGUUAGCUCGUCGGCACGUUUGCUGCCGAUCCGUUUGCCUGCGACGACCAGCAGCAGCAGCAGCGCGCGGAAGAAGACCGUUCGAUAUUAUUUUAAGUACGCUUUUCGGUCACAACACGUCCGUACACGAUAUUUUUAUUACCGCGCCGCCGUCGGUUCGCGGCAACUGCAGUGCGGCUCGUUUAUUUUUUUUUUAUUUUUUUUUGUUUUUCGUAGUUUGUGCGAUAUUUGAUUUCGCCCGUUCAACCGUAUCGAAAACAUAUUUUGUCGUGUUGUACUACUACUACUACAGUCGUCUCGCGGGCCGUCCGAUUCGGUUUUUUUGUCCUGCGAACGUUUUUACCGUUUCUUCACUGUGACCGCGCGACGAUCCUGCCGUGCUCGUCAUAGCGAACGUGCUCGGAACGUUCGCCGCGCCGCGUGUUCCCUGUCCGAGUGACACCCAGAGGGGCCCUGUACCGCGGGGCGCGAUGUCCUGAGAGCGCGAAGCGACCGCGAGGAAAAAUCGUUCACGGUAUCCACAUGGCCGGGGCACUGGAAAUUCUACAGGAAGAUGACUGGCAAGUGUGGCAGGAUACCAUCUCCUGGCUGGGUAACCCGACUGGUCCUCAGGCCUCACCGGUAUACAUGUGCGGAUCGGGAACCGUUCCCGGGUUGGUCCCGUCAACGGACGGCCACCGGCGUGGUUACUCGAUGGCACCCGACGUCGACAAUCAUUCGCUUGACGAUGCCCAGCACCAUCAGCACCAGCCUCCACCCCAGGACCCUGUCGGCUACGGGACCGAGGAAUUUAUAGACCUGGACAUGUUGAUCAACUACGUGGCGGACCAACAUAGUGGCUCCAACGACCCCGUACCACCGGAUGUCAUGAUGACAACUUACGCCACGGACAAGUCAUACUACAGCAGGUUGACCGAUUACAAUCCUGCUGAUUACAACGGAGUGAUGUACAUAUACUCGCCCGGGCCCGUCAACGACUGCGGUCAAGUGAUGGACGGCCAGCAACAGCAUCAGCAGCAGCAUCAGCAGCAGCAGCAACAGCAGCAGCAACAGCAACAGCAACACAACCAUCAACUCAUGCAGCUACAGCAGCAACAGCUACAGCUCCAGCUGCAGCAAAUCCAACAGCAACAGCAACAGAUAUCGCCUCCCGCGAGCCCGCCGGACGACAGCGACGGCGGAAACGCCAUCGCGGAAUCCAAGUUCUUGGUGCGCCAGCUGAUGGCGACGACGACCGCUACGACGGCGGCGGCGGCGGCCGUGACGCCGACGCCGACGCCGACGCUCUUGUCGGCCACCAACGUGGCGGCGGCUGUCGGCCGUCCGCACAAACAACCGUCGGCCGCCACGGCCGCGGUGGCCACCGCCGCGGCCGUGUCGGCGGCGUACACGGCGGCCAUGAUGACGCCUCCGUCGUCGCCGCCCGAGGACGGCGUGAAAAUGGCCGUGGCCGCGGCCGCCGCGAAGGUGACGGGGCAGCGGAGGCGGGCGGGCGGCGCGGUCGGCGAACGGCGGCCGCAGCGGGCCAAAAAGACGUCGGCCAACCACUCGUGCGGCCACCCCGGAUGCGGAAAGACGUACACCAAGAGCUCGCACCUGAAGGCGCACCUGCGCACGCACACGGGCGAAAAACCGUACCAGUGCUUUUGGAACGGAUGCGGAUGGAAGUUCGCCCGGUCCGACGAGCUGACCCGGCACUUCCGCAAGCACACCGGCGACCGGCCGUUCAAGUGUCGGCUGUGCGACCGAGCGUUCUCGCGGUCCGAUCACCUGUCGCUGCACAUGAAACGGCACAACGUCUAGCGAGGGACGCGCCGUGUGUGGAAAAUAAUAUAUGAUAUAAAGUACCACGACGCGGGAAAUCGGAAAAAAAACUAGCAAAUAUUACGGAUUAGAAAAAGAAAAAUAAAUAAAAUUCAAAUCUUUCAACGUAGUAGUGUAGUGUAGUAAAAUGUCGCACGGUUUUUUUUCUUUUAUUUCUUCGUUUUUCCUCGUUAUCGUGCCCCGCAAUAACGAUGUGUUUCUAUAAAGAGUAGUCGGUAACGAUCGUAUUAUUGUAAUAUUAUUUUCUUCUCGCUUAGCACACUAGCACUAGUACUGCGUACGGUAUACGAUAGAGAGUAGGUAGUAUUAUUAUACUUACGUUUAAAGAUAUGGUAAUAAUAAUAAUAAUAUUGUUAUACCGUCAUAAUGAACUUGUACAUUUUUUUUUUUAUUAUUUCUCAUCAUUCUCUUUUAUUGCUCGGCUUGUCUGCGAGCUGCGGUCCGACGACGGUGCCCACUCGUAAACACAGCGUAUAUUAAAUGAGUACGCGGUGCGAGUACGAUAUUAAAUAUUAUAAUAAUAAUAAUAAUAAUAAUAUCGUGAAACGUGUCCAAACGUCAUAGUCGCGAUUAUAUGUAAAAAUAUACGAUCCGGACGCGCGUGUGUCGUCGGCCACAAUAUUACCACGACGAACUCGAAAAUGACGAAUACGAUAGUAGAGUCGUGUUGCGGACGACGAGUCUCGUGCCCAAAGUCUUCGGGAUUUGAGUACGGGUUAAAACCUUCGUUCUCUUUCACCGGCGCGUCAUUUUUCAUUUCCUCCGGACGUCGACGAACCGAAAACCGAUCGUCGUCGUCAUUACGUUAAGUGUGUUUAUCGUCAUGAUUUCGACAGUGACGUUUAGAGUUCGGCACUAAUGUUGCGGAUUUCCUCGUUCCACCCUUCAACCGACACUCGCGCCGUGAGUCGCGCUUUCCGCGCGCUAAGGCUUUUCGAACAACGCCGACGUUUUGAUACUGACGUUUCGUAAGCUUUUAUUUUUAUAAUACAGCUCACCCGUCGUCGACCGUAAAUAUUUACAACGAUGUUUUUAGAAAAACUAUUUUUCAAGUCGAAAACCACUCGUGAUAACACAAUACAUUUUAAUAUUUGUAUGCGUUUCCGUUUUCUAUAAUACAAUUCAGAAAUCGUUUAAAUUUUUUAUUUCACUCGUACGUUAUAUUCGUCUACACCAAGACAACGAGUCAAAACGACUGUUUGAUCGUUUUUUUUUUUUUAACUGUCGUCACCGGACGAUAAAUGCUCUCUUUAACCUAUCUUGUAUAUAAUAAUAUAUAAAAUAUCAUCAGAUGAUCUCGACGCUGGAAUAACGUCACCCAAAUGUUACGAAAAACCAUAGAAAACCCGUUUCGAAUUUCGAAUGGCUACUCAUUAUUAGUCACAUUUGCAUGUUCCCCAGACUUCAUCUCGUGUUAAUUUGGCAGCUUUGUACGUUUGUUUAUUAUUUUUCGGCAUCAAAAUAUUACGUUCAUUAUUCAUUCGAAAAUUCCACUUGGUACGACUUAGGCCCAAGAUUAACGUCAUUGGUAAGAAUCUGGACCAAAAAAUAACACUAAAAUGCAGUACAAACAAUAUUUAUAAACGUUUUAACAUUAAUUUCUAUUUGGAGAUAGAAAUACGUAACUUUUGGUUUUUUUCUCGAAAAAGUAAAAAUUUAUUCGUUUUUCCGGAAGGCCUAAUUCAAUCUCGUUCGCAGCUUAACGGUAUAUUUUGCAUUAUACAAUGGUGUAUACUGCUUAGAGAGAUUUUAUUUCAUUUUCCACUCAACAAUAAUAUUCGCUAUAAUGGUCUGAGAUUUUUGUGGCAACACAAAAAUUACAAGGGUCAUAGUUAACAACCCACACGGACGAUUUCAGAUCUCUGCAUUGACUUUUUCUCUUUCGUAUUUUACUUAUAAUACCAUAAUAAUAUUAUCAUACAUAACAGAUGCGUGCUCGGGAAUAUUCAAUGUACUGUGCAUGUGCGUGUUGGGUACCGAAGUACAUCAAAUAUUUUGUUAACAUGAUAGAUUUUUAUUUCAAUUUUUAAAGAAGAAGGCAAAAUGUUUAACAAACUUAAUGUAAUAUAUUUUUUAUAUACAGACAAGUAGUAGAAUAACAAUGUUUCUCAAAUUGUAGUUUCAUACAAAAUUUAAAAAAAAAAUAGUUUGCAUAAUUUGUCUAAAAAUUAGAAAAUCACAUCAUAUCACAUUGUAUAUUAUACCCAUCAGUUACCAAUCAGUGGUAGGGGGUGGGAUAUGAACCCUUUUUCUCCCCUUUGAGUACUCCCCUAGCUGGUACACAAACGUAGUGAUAGUUUUAGGUGUAUUGCAUUUAUAUUGAUCUUAAUAUAGUAUAUUAUAGCGUAACGAUUGUACAAUAUUAUGUAUUUAGGUCGACGAUGAUUCACUCUAUAUUGAACACAGUAACAAUAAGCAUAAUAAUACAUAUAUUAUAUUAUAUAUGUACCUAUUUCACAUAGGUAUUGACAAAUGUAUUGUCAAUACUAUAUAAGUACACGAUAACCAAAUAAUAAUUUGCCAAUACUGUUAUAGACAUUUUUCAAGUAAAAAAAAAAAUUUAAUUGUUUCAAGAUGUAAACCACUCGUCUCAAACGAUCGUAUCAGUAAAUACCAGAUUAUAUGAUUUAACAUUUUUUUUUUAUAAUUGUCCCUUUGUACAAACAUUCGGCGAAUGUACUCGCGCACAAAGAGCGCUUUCCAUAGAGCGUUGUAAAAAUCUCGAUUACCUUUUGUGUGUACUUAACUUUUGUCACUGUUUUUAGACGGAUAUUGUUCAAUCGCUUAAAUAUUAUCUCAGAUAGUAGGUAAAUAAUAAAAAUUUGCACGUUAGUUGUACAUAAACCCCAUGAUCAAAUUCUCAGCUUCGACAAUAAUAAUAAAAUUCACUUGGAUGACUACUUAAUUUAAUUACUGUACAUAUACCUAACUGCGUUUGUUUUCGUCGACUUUUAGAAAUAAUUAUUAUAUAAUAUAUUGACUAUGCGUAUAUACAUACUAAUAUUGUAUUAAAACAAUCAAAAUAUAUCGUUUUUCCUGAUUAAACAAAACGUAUUUUUUUAUUUUUUAUUAUUAUUUUUGUUUUAUACAUAUAUAGUUUUUAAUCUUAUUCGAAAUCAAAUUUAACAAAAUGUGACUAGCAAUAAUUGUUUUUUUUUUUAAACUUAAGUAGUGGUUAGGAAUAUUAAAAAAAAAAAAAAAACUAUUUUUCUUUUUAAUGUUAUUAUUAUUUUUUUUAUUCAUUUAUUAAUACUAAACCAUUGUAAAAAAUAUUUGUUUUAAUUAUUAUUAUUAAUGAACGUAUGUCGACUUAAAAAAAAUAUAAUAUUGCAUACCUACAUUUACGAGUAUAUGUAUACUUUUAUUUCAACUUCAUUAAUAUUAAUUAUUAUUAUUAUUACUAGUUACUGUAUUAAUAUAUUAUAGUUAUAUUGUGAGUUUUUUUUCUUUUUGUAGAUUUAUAGUCAGUCGAAUAUCAAUGUAAUAUUAUAAUACUUGUAGCAGGUAUACCGGAGUCGCAAUUUCCAGCGCAGCGCGUGUAUACAGAAAAAAAAAUACAUAAUUGUUUUUUGCCAUUUAAUUAAACUCAAUAUUUACAUAAACUAAGGUUAUUAUAAUAUUAUUAUUAUUAUUAUUAUUAUUAUUGUCAUUAUUAUUAUCAUUAUUAUUAUUACUAUUAUUAUUUUAUUUCAUUAAACUUUUACCGUUAUCAAA